AUGCAAUUAUUUGUGCUUUCUUGCUUAUUAUUCGUUACGUCGAGUUAUAUAAUUCCUGAGUCAUCUCAAGAAGACAAAGAAGCUAUUUACGGUGAUAUCAGUCAACACUUAAUAGGAGUGAAAAUUAAAUACUUUCCUGAAGAAAAAAGAUAUGGGAUAGUUGCCACAAGAGACAUCAGAAGAUAUGAACCAAUUGCAAUGUUUCCAAUAAAUAUCGGCAUUAUUAGCUUUGAUCAAUUUCCUUGAUAUAGCUAUCUAUACCCUCUAGGAGAUUUUACAAUUAUAGCUGGAAGAUUAAUUUAUGAAAAAUUUAUCAAUCAGUACAGACAUUGGGGGAAUAUAUAUGUCUAUACUUAUCCAUCUGAAAUUGACAAUCUGCAUAACUGGACUGCAGCAGAACACGAAUAUUUGUUAAAUAUUUUCCAAAAGAAGGCAGAAAUUAAUUUUCCUUUGGAUUAUGAGUCUGGGCAUGCAGAUUUUGUUAAAGCUUUAGAAAGAAUCCCUUCUCUUAAAAAAGAUUGUCCACAUUGCUUUACCAAGGAAGUAUGAAAUUGGGCCUAUGCAAUUACAAUUUCGCACGCUACAGAAAUAAAUAAAAAGCAAUGAAAAAAAAUCAAAGAAUACCCAGCACAAGUUGGCGAUGAAAACAUUAGCGGCUUAUGCAUUUUGCCUAUUGUAGAAAUGAUAAAACAAGAAUCUCUCCCUUUGAAAUACAGAAGUGCCUCUGAGCCAGUCGGCAUCAGUUUUCAAGGUUUUCCUCCAGCAGGAGUUUUAUCUGCUGACCGCAACAUAAAAGCCCACACUGAAGUAAUUUGAAGCAGAGGCCCAAGGAGAAAUUUUAAUAUGGCUAUCGGUUUUGGCUUUGUUUUAGACAAAAACCUAGAUGACUGCGUCAUGGCUGAGCUCCCAAGAAUCGAUUAUUGCCCUAUGAAAGCCCAAGCAGACUCCACUGCAUGUGGAUUUUUUGCUUAUUAUAACAACUUUAACGAAGAUUUAUUUAAUUAUGCGCUAAAAGUACAAGGAGUAGAGCUUGACCACUUUGUGAGUGAUUUAGACGAAUAUUUUGACAGUCUAGAUACAAAUGAAGAAGUCGCUGCUUAUUAUGGCGCCUUAAUUAAGUAUAGAGACUCAGUCAUGACUUCUGUAGAGAAGUGCAAAGUUCCGUAUAGGAGCAUAAUGAGGAAGAUGGAAAGGGGAGACUAUGAAAAUAAUAGGUACAAAAUGGUAGACAAAAUCUGCAUAGGGCAUUAUAGCACGAUUUUCACUCAUAAGAAAAUGACAGAAAGAGCACUGCUUAAGUCUUUGCUAUUUGAGCUUAGUUUAUAG